AGUGCGCGCGGAGUGCGAAGGCACUGAGUGGCUGGCGGCUGCGAACCGGCCGCACUUCCAGUAUCGCAAAGGUCGUAGCGCGUGUUGCCUCUCGCGGUGUCGGUCACAGAUUGCAUUCGGAGAAAUACAUUAAAUUCCCGCGUAAAUCUUCACGAUGGCGGCCACAGAUGAACUUAGUGGUAUCCUGUCAAGGAGGCAAGAAAUAAACGAGAAACUCGAAGAAGGGCUCGAGAUCAAACCUAAAUACAAAUUCGUUAACGUCUACACAGAAUUUCAUGAGUUCUCCAGAAAGGAAAUAAAACAAUACGAGGUGACCUUUAACAAAUUUGACGAGGGUCGCGAUGGUUUUUUGGACUUAACGGAAGUGAAACGCAUGAUGGAACGACUUGGUGCACCACAGACACAUCUUGGUCUUAAAGCUAUGAUCGCUGAAGUAGACGAGGAUGGAGACAAUAAAAUUAGCUUUAGAGAAUUUUUACUUAUUUACAGGAAAGCACGUGCUGGAGAACUCGAGUCACAUUCAGGUCUCGAAGCACUUGCGCGACUUACUGAGAUAAACGUGGAAGAAGUAGGCGUCAAUGGAGCUAAAAAUUUCUUCGAAGCAAAAAUCGAAGAACUCUCUAAAUCAAACAAGUUUCACGACGAGAUCAUCCAGGAACAAGAAGAGAAAAGAAGGGAAGCCGAAGAGAAGGCCUUACGGAGGCAAAUGUUUAAAGAGAAAGCUGCGUUAUUUCAAUAAGAUUUAGUAUAGUCAUAGUAUAUUGUAUCUAGUCUGUAAGCUGUUACCAUGGCUUAAGGAAAAGAAGAUCCCAUUACGAGUCGAAUGUUAAACGGGCAAUAAUUAUACUGGAGAAGGUGUUUUAGCAUCAUAUAUAUUAUUAUGCUAACAAUAUUGCUUGUCAAUUAUUAUUAAUGGGGUUUUAUAUUAUAUUAAUUAUCAUUUAUGAAUUAUUGAUUGAAAUAAAUGAAAUGUUUUUUCUACACUGAACACAGUAUAUCAAUUUAUAAAGUAAAUAAAAUUUAAAGGAGCAUUAGCUGUAUGAAUAUUGCAUGUUACUAUCAAAUUCAAUUAUGAGAAAAUUUUAUAAUGCAUUAAAUGAAAAUCAAAUUAUGUUCCAUAUUAUUAUAUACCAUUUGGCGCCAAAACUACCUUUAGCUAUUAAACUACCUCUAAUCUUGGACUUCAAGAAAGUUCCUUUUAAUAGAGCAAAAUAUCUCAAUCUUAACUUUAUUUCGGCCUAUGUUAUAGAUUAGCAAAAUUAUGAUAUAACUCAUUAUAAUUAUAUUUUAGUAAAUUCAUUGCCUUAAAUGUAUCUUUAUAUAAUAAAUUAAUAAAGUUUUGUAAGUUAUAUGUGAUGUUAAUAUUAGUUAUGGAUAUUGAAUAAAGUUUUAUAUACAAA